AUGUUCCGGUUUCUGCAUAUGAAAAAUCUAUCGGCUGACAAUUGUCUCUUUUCUUUCACCUUCCAGUUCGACCCAGAUUUCCAAACGCCUCUUAUCUUAGGCGAGCAGUUGGAUUUCUCGGAUUCUGAAGAAUCUCAGUUUGUCGGUGCGUUUUCAGACGGCCUGUGGGCCAAGUCUGAGCCUAUUUUGUCUAUGUCUGGUUUCCAGAAGCCCGGUGCUGGCGCUGUACUUGAUUACGCCUCCACGCGAUCUUUGCAUGAUGCUAGUUCGUUCUCAGCAUACGGUCAAUCUCCCUACGUGACCAACUCCCUCGUCCCCUCCCCCAUGGCCGACCAGGCUAGUCAGAUCUCGGACUGCGUUCCUUACAUUCCCGGCAACGAGUUUGGCAGCUCGUACGAGGAGGCCCAGUCUCCGUUAAUGAAUGCUCGUUCCCGACAAUUGCCAGAGAUUGUUACAUAUAGUCCCCAGCGUGGUUGCGAGGGGACUCGGGUCGUUGUGCAGAUUCAGUCCCCUUAUGAUCUGCAUAGCUCCGCAUAUGGCACUCUGUAUGUAGUCUUUGGCUCACAGAAGUGCGAAUGCAUCCCCACUUUCUUGGGUUUUGAGGGUUCAACUUUCCAAUACGCUCUGUCGGCUGAUGCUCCCCAAUUUAUCUCAACGGGCUCGCCUUCCUUCGCUGUCCCCGUGCAGGUGGUCAUGGAAGGCCAGAGUGACUGUCCGGCUGCAACCCUUCAAGUCGGUGUGUACACCUAUGAGCAUGUGCGCCAGUCAGUUUCUGCCAGCUCGCACAAGCGCAAGUUCUCUUCUUACUCCGACAACGCCCCUCCUGCCCCUGUGAAGCGCUCUACUGGACCUGUUAUUCCCAAGAUCGAGCCUCAAGAGAACUACUCUUACCGCGACACCCACAGCCAUGGCCAUACCCGUUCUGCCUCCUUCUCUCCUCUCUACCUGCCAUCCCAGGUUUCGUGGCUCCUUACCAUGGUGUAUCCUCCCCUCGAACUGGCCCGGCUCAAUACUCUACCGUGUCGGUCACCCCUCAGUCUGCCAUCCGUGCUCCUUCCCCCCCUCACCCCAGCCUGGAGCCCCUCUUUCGUCUCAAUCGGCCACGAUGGCCGCCCAUCAGGUUUGCCCAUGACACAUGGCCCCCCACAGCGCGGAGGCCGUUCGCCAGCGCAAGGCGGCAAUCCUCAGUUGAUCCGCACAUCAACCCUGCAGCAGUCAUCUGGUCUCGGACACAGCCAAAGCUUCAACCCGUACGCCAUGUACCCGAGCAAGGCCGUUCUCAAGCUCAGUGGAGACCUAGACUCCAUGGCUCAUGGUUGGAGCAAAGAUGAGCAGAGUGCUCAGCGCCGACUGGUGCAGUUCGAUCGGACCCAGACCGGAAGCACCAUUCAUGCCAGCUUCAAGGCCGUGACUCCUGAGGAGCGGAUACCCCAAAGCAUCUGCAUUAGCUGCAUUGCUUGGGAGGGUAAAGAUGAGUGCUACGUUACCAGCGUGGAUACUAUCUACCUGCUCGAGUCCCUUGUCAACGUCCGUUUUACAGUUGAAGAGAAGAACCGCAUUCGCCGCAACCUGGAAGGAUUCCGUCCCCUCACUGUCUCAAAGGCCAAGGCCGACAGCGAAGAGUUCUUCAAGGUCAUCAUGGGCUUCCCGGCACCGAAGCCACGCAACAUCGAGAAAGAUGUCAAGGUCUUCCCAUGGAGAAUUCUGAGCCUUGCUCUCAAGAAGAUCAUUGGUAAAUACUCUGCAAGCUACUCUUCCACCGCAGGUGUCAUGACUACUCCGAUGACCAACUACGCUAGCCAUGGCACUGGUUCUGAUUCGGGUACUGAGCCUCACACUGCUCCCUCCCCUCGCUCAGUCUCAGACUCUGGGCCAGUCAACCACUACGCCCCAGUUAUGGGAGCCCCGGUCUACUCAACACAGCCGGAUCAGUGUGCCUCAUUGACCGCAGCUCCCGAUCUGCGAUCCGUGAUCCCCUCUGCCACACAACCGUACACAACAAUGGGCAUGGGCGGAUACUCAUAUCCAGCCGUCUGCCAACCUCAUAGCACCCACGGUCUGGUCGCUCCCACCCCGCGAUCAGCUUGGGAAAUGCACGGUCUCGGAGCCCCUGCACCCGCUCCUGCUCCGUCCGCCGGCGCCUGCUAUACCUACAUGGACCCCGUGUACCCUCUACACGACGCCACCGCCCCGGGUCCAUGA